UGGGGCGCCGCUCGCCAUGCGAAUAUUGCGUUGGGGUAUUACGGUGAGUAUUCUGGGGCUCACGACAUUGCAGAGAACGGGCGGAGGCGUGGGUGUCUCGAUGGGCGUUGGAGUUUCAAUUGGCGUUGGAGUUUCAAUUGGCGUGGGUGUCUCAAUUGGCGUGGGUGUCUCAAUUGGCGUGGGUGUCUCAAUUGGCGUGGGUGUCUCGAUGGGCGUGGGAGUUUCAAUUGGAAUCAGAGUCUCGAUGGGAGUAGGAGUCUCGAUCGGUGUCGGCGUCUCGAUCGGUGUCGGCGUCUCGAUGGGCGUGGGAGUUUCAAUUGGAAUUGGAUUCUCGAUGGGAGUAGGAGUCUCAAUAGGCGUCGGAGUCUCGAUCGGUGUCGGAGUCUCCAUUGGUGUUGGGGAGUCAAUUGGCGUGGGUGUCUCAAUUGGUGUCGGACUCUCAACUGGGGCUGGACUGCUGACUGGUGCAUACAACUGAAGAGACGUGGAUGUGUCGGUGGAAAUUGA